AUGGCGCGCAAGCGUCAUGCUCAGCGACUGCAUGCGUUGCUCAGCCGACUGCGCUCCGGCGGUGUGCUAGGCAUCCUACGCGGGGUGCUAGAGCUUCCAUCUGCAUUUUCUUGCCCGAUCGCAAAGCUUGCUGGUGUGCUGCGUCUGCCACCAGCAUUACUUUGGGCGGCCAUUACAGCUCUCCUCGGUAGCGCAGUGCUCGCUUUGAGCUGGAUCCUCACCGUCCUCAUCUUAGCUGUCACACGACCCCUUAACAUCCCCCUCGAGGAUCAGGAGCAGCGCCGGAGUAAGUGCAGCGAGCCAUGCGAACGUGUCGAUGGGGAUGCCAAAACCGGUGCUGAGCUGGCCGGGCUCAGUCUCUCUGGCGCAGACCCGAUCAGGAAGCGCUCUGGCAGCCCAGCCUGUAAUGGCAGCGACGCCGGCGGCGGCGGCAAGACCUCCAGCCCCGUCACCAGCUGGCCACUUGGUGACGGCGCCGACACCGACGAUGAGUACGGCGACGAGAGUGCUGGCGGUGCUGACGGCAUCGCCGGUGCUGACCUAGACUCACUUGUUGAACGCGGCAAGGGGCACAGCAAUUGGCAGGCGGGCGGGCGGCCGUUCUCCUCCUCUCCUGGGCGGGAAGGGAUGAAGGACAGGGAGACCAGAGCCGCCAGCGUCGACAGCGACCGCGCUGACGCCGAACAUGCCAGCCGUACCUCCGCUUGGAGGACCAAGCUGCCGGCGGCCCUGCCGUACAUGGACGAGCAGCGUGCGGCGGAAGUGCGGCGCCAUGUCAGCCGUUACGCGUCAGUUAUCCCAGCUACAGCCUUCGAGGCCGCUCGAUGCUGUGAUGCGGUCUUCGGCCUGGGGCUUGACGCAGGCGGCUACAGCCGACUGCAGGCACUGGAAACGGCAGCUACGGCUGUAGUGAUGAAGCAAGGAAGGGAGAUUGGCGAUGGCGAAAUGGAGGAGGAAAUGGUUUUAGAGGAUGAGUUACCUCAGGAGGGCGCAGCGGCGCUAGGUCGCUUGGCGCUGCACACGCAUUUAGCAAGGUACUUGUACGGCUUGCAUGGCGGUACGGCAUACACACCUGCCAACACGCCGGCGGCGGAUCCGGGUGCGGCGGGCGCAUGUUCGAUAUCAGCGGCGGACGAGGGCUCGCACAGGGCACAACAACGACGACCGGCGGCAGAUCCGACGGCUGCUCCCGGAGCCGCCACCGCAGCGGCCGCCGCCGCAUCGACGUUGUACGACAUUGCAGUAUUUGUCCGGACGGAGGUGCUGGCGGGGCUUGCACGGCGGCUUCGUUUAGAUUUACUCAUGUACGAUGCGCGACGGCCGGGUUUCAUCGCCGCUGGCGAUGAUACCAGUCAUACUAGGCGGGGCGAAAGCAGCGGCAGCCCUAGCGUUUCAAAGAGCCGGCGGCGCCGCCGGGAGGUAACGGCUACGGCCAGGGUCGGCCCCGCCUCCGCCGCCGCCCCUGGCGCUCCACUGUCACCGGUGGCACUGGCGGCGGCGCUUCUCCGCCUGGUUUGGGAGGCCCACGUGGCCGAGCCGGAACGGGCCUGGCUGGCGGUUUGCGUGCUAGCCGGGCUGGCCCAGGAAUUGCGGCUGGUGGUUUAG